GUUUUAGCCACUAUGAAAUGAAGUUGAAUCAAUUUUCGAUACAUGCUUCGGCAGAGUAGAAAGACUAGAGGUUUUUGAUACUGGUAUCGAUCGUUGUGUUGAAGGAGGUUGCAACUCGAGCGACCAAGAUAAAGAGCAUGGAUGUCAGCGUAGUACAGAAGAGGGAAACGGAAAUAUUUACAAAGCUGCCUCAAAUCGAUCGCCCCUAUGCGUUGGCGGGCUAAUGUGCAAAUUUUGGAGUAACAGCUGAGGGCUACUAAAGUGAUGAUUAUGUGAAUUGUAGAAGAAGGUGGCUUGAUCGAUAUAUGGCUUGAUCGAUAUAUCACGUCACGCAGCGGUGUUGAGUUUUAGAAAGGCAUGAGAAGCCCACGAGGUCUGUCGAAUUUUCAGGAGGGGCCUCUCUGACAAAUUAUAGAUACAUGUCUCUACUAGAAGGCCCCCUAUUAAAGAAUGAGUUUGCCAAUCGACAAAUUCGUUUCAUCACCGGCUCGGAACAAGAGUCGGAUGCAGCCUUCCCCUGUUGCCAGGCCCUCUACUGAAAAGACGAAGGAGCGGCACCGCGAUGAGGAUGCGGCUAAUCAAGUAGCGGCACUGUGCUCAACCCCGAAAGCCUCCGCGCGUAGACGGAGCAACAUGAGCAACAUCGUUGCAGCGAGUAGUCCAGCAUCGGUAGUGGAAGCGAGUCCCGCUGAUGCUGUAGAGGCACCUGAUGCUCCUGGAACCCCAGUAGUGGUAGCCCCUGAAGGACCACGAGAGGGAAGAAAGGAUGCGAUAUUUGAAGUGGGAACACCGGAAACUCCUAAAAAUCCGAAGACGCUGCUGUCAGCGUCCCUGGAUCUCUCGGGAACAGGGGUCAGGCAACGCGUGCGAGACAUCGAGCACUCGAUUCAAGCAGAGAUACUCACGGCGAGGCAGCAUGUUUUGGUACUACUAGUUGGUAGAAGUUGUUGCACCAUAUGUGGCACAAUAAGAUAGGGAUUUGCAUUUGUUGAUAUCAUGUCCGGAUGCAGAUCAGGCCGGAAUAAGGAAUUUCCGCAAAAGAUACAAGAUAGUUUUCUAACUCUUAGGGAGAGUAAGUUUCUUGAAUUCUAAGGCCAAUGAGAUUGUUGAUAUCAUGUUCUUGGAGGACAGCAGGAAAGAGAUGUUCAGAUAUACAACAAUGAUUAAGCUGCGAACUUUAUAGAUUGAUACUACGAGAAGAUCCACGACCUAUAUCAAAAAUGCAAGAUCGAGUGUUGCUUAAGAUUUGAAAAUGUUGCUUAUGAUAAGACUCACUCAGUAUCUCGAGACGCGGCAAGGAAAAACCGAAGGUGCUCGGGAUUUGUACGAGGAUUUUCGCAAAGAGGCACGAGGCCACGUAAAAGCUGCAGAAAAGACUAUGCUCAAGAACCUCCGAGAUUUUACCGAGGAUGCGGACGCACAACGGCGAAAAUUGCGAGCCGAGGAGGUAUAUAUAAUUAUUUUGUGUGUCGAGUGCAAAUGGAAUGUGCAAUCGAAGAUGUGGUAUUCCAUCGAUGUUUGUGGUAUCUAUUGUAACGCAAAAGCUGUAAGCUUGUCAUCUACCUCUGUAUAAAGUAAUUCUUGUCCAACCAUGACCUAUUUCAGGGCCGCAUCGAUAGGGAACUCGAUCUGCGGAAGAGGGAGACGCGGGGGUUGAAGAAAAUGCUCGCAGAAUUGGAAAAGAAACUGUCACGGAUGGAAUUGGAACUAGAGUUUUGAUGAAAUCCGAUCUAUUACUGAAAAUAAAUGAAAAAAGAGAAGCACACGGCUUUCAAUACUGAUUUACAUAUUCUUGCUUUUCGUUAUUUUUAUGAUAUGGAGGUACAACCAGUGCCCAUAUCAAUGUUGUAGAAUAUACCUCGUUAGGUUAUGAAGCAGAGUUUCGUGCUUCCCUUUGUCUACAUGUGAAUAGUGUUGGUUGUGCAAGUACUUAUACUGCCUCGGCAUAGAAUUUGUAAUAUAGAAUUGUGAGGACGACGAGAAAGUGAUGUUGGGCUCGAAUACACUAGGAAGUAACCCGUAAUCCUACAUGCAAUGAAGACUAAGGCUAUUUUUUCCAAGAUGCAUGAGGUAAAGUAGUACCUCUUGCAUUGAAUAAAAUAUGAAUCCGAUUCGAAACCGCACGAGCUUGCCUGUACACAGAUAUUUUACCAUCAACAAAAUGAAUUUCCUCGACCCUCAAAUUCUCAUUCCAAGAGCAGGACUGCGUAUGCAAGCGGUUGAAGAAUAAAAUAAUGUCGAC